AUGUUGAGGUUGUCAAUAAGAUUUGCUAUAAAGCAAUCAUCAGAAAUGAGAAAUAGGACAUCAGUGACAGACUUCAUCCUCUUGGGCCUGACAGAUGAUCCAGAGCUCCAAGUUGUGAUUUUCUUUUUUCUGUUUCUCACCUACAUGCUGAGCAUCACUGGAAAUUUAACCAUCAUCACACUCACCUUGCUGGAUUCCCACCUGAAGACCCCCAUGUAUUUCUUCCUCAGGAAUUUCUCACUCUUAGAGAUUUCAUUUACUUCUGUCUGUAACCCUAGGUUUCUGAUCAGCAUCUUAACUGGGGACAAGUCUAUUUCCUACAAUGCUUGUGCUGUUCAGUUAUUUUUCCUUAUCUUCCUUGGCUCAACAGAGUUUUUUCUCCUGGCUGCUAUGUCCUAUGAUCGCUACGUGGCUAUCUGCAAGCCCCUGCACUACACAACCAUCAUCACUAACAGGAUCUGCUACCAGCUCAUCAUCAGCUCUUGGCUGGCUGGUUUCUUGGUCAUUUUUCCACCACUGGUCAUGGGUUUGGAGCUAGAUUUCUGUGACUCCAACAUCAUUGACCACUUUACUUGUGACUCUGCUCCUUUGCUGCAAAUCUCCUGCACAGACACAAGUACUUUGGAGCUCAUGAGCUUUGUUUUAGCUUUGUUUACUCUUAUCACCACGUUGAUGCUAAUAAUUCUUUCCUACACCUACAUCCUCAGAACAAUUCUGAAAUUCCCCUCAGCCAAACAAAGG